UUAUUUUUAGGUGAAAGAGAAAGGGGUAGAGCCUACUGCUUCUGAGUUAUUUUUGAUGAUUCACAAAACGAAACAGAAUAAUGAUUGGGUUGAUGGAAAAUCAAAAUCUGUCUGGGCUAAAUUUCAAACCAUCGUCAAGAGUCGUCAUUCAAGUGACAUGUCUGGGACACAGGGUGUUGGCGAAGGAAAUGAAGACGCAAGAAUCGAAAAUCAAGAGGAAGACGAAGAAGAAGAUGAAGAUGAUGCAUUCAUGGCAAUAGCAUCCGCUCUUCCUAAAGAAGUUAUUGAUAAAGCGUGGCUCGAGGCAGUUGGAGGGCCAAUAAAAGGAAGAGUUUACGGUCUCGGAUCGGAGUCCAGUUCUGUUGUACAAGGAGGUGGUCCUACAUUUCAUGCUCCAACCGGUUCUUCUUCAGCAUCAUCUGUACCUUCUCAAUGCGUAUUUGAAACGCCUUCAUUCGAAGAAGCUGUUAAUCGAGCGGUGGAACAAAAAUUAACCGAUAUGCAGGCUACUUUUCAAGAGGAAUUGCAAGCCUUGAAAACAACCAUUCAAGAGAUGCGUGAAAGACAACGUGGAGAAGCUAAUAGAGAUGGACAGUAG